AGAUCCCUGUUCAUAUAUUCGAUAAGUUCAAGCGUAACUCGCAUGUAAAUUCACCAGGAAGCUGGAAAUAAGAGACGACUGCACGUGUAAUCAUGAACUUCAAUGAGAAAGUGACGCCUGUUGUCUUUUAUACCCGUAGAUCCAACGCUCCAGGCGCACAUCUGCUUCACAUACAAGUUCGCAUCAUUAGUUUCAAAUUCCUUCCGAAGUUUGGGUUCAUCCAUCUCGAGAAGAGGGAGACACAAAGUGAACAACCUCUCACAGUUUGUACCGUCCAGCCAGUGUUGCUUCAGCCACUGCCAGACUACACUCUCAAUACUCCUCUCCCAGCCAUUUUGUUUUCGCAUCUUUCAAGUGAAAAAUUCAUUAAUUUUACCAUGGAGAGCAAAAAUAGCAUCUAUAAUUAUUUGAGGAACUUAAGAAACGUACGGUCCAGGCAGACUAUAUACAAAUGGAUUCGUAACACCAGUUCAGAAUCGACUAGUUCAACUAGUGGCUCGUCGUCGUCAUCUUCAACUUCUUCAUCCUCUUCAUCAUCUUCGUCUUCAUCUGACUCCUCUUCAUCUUCAGAUACUGACCAGUCUUCUGCAGUUUCCACAAGGUAGGUGGGGGAGAUAUGAAGUAAGC